AUGUCUACUAUCACCUUUGUGACGGGAAACCCUAAAAAGUUGGAAGAAGUGGUCGCUAUUUUGGCUGAUGGCAGUCCUGUGCCGGUUGAUGGAGGAUCCAAGGUUGGAAAAUUUAUCAUCAAGAACGAGAAGCUGGAUUUAGACGAAGUUCAAGGAUCCAUUGAGGAAGUCACCAUUCACAAAGCCAAGCAAGCUGCCCAACUAAUCAAGGGUCCAGUCUUAGUCGAAGAUACUUGUCUGGGAUACAACGCAUUGCAAAAUCUUCCUGGCCCAUACAUCAAAUGGUUCCACCAGAAAUUAGGGUUGGAUGGAUUGAUCAAGCUGUUGGCAGGUUUUGACGAUAAGUCUGCAAAUGCUAUCACAACCUUUGGCUACUGUGAAGGACCUGAUCAAGAAGUCAAGCUUUUCCAAGGUAUCACAACCGGAGAAAUUGUUCCGUCCAGGGGACCAACUGAUUUUGGAUUCGAUUCCAUUUUUGAACCACAUGGAACUGGUAAGACCUACGCCGAGCUGCGUGGUCCAGAAAAGAACAAAAUCAGUCACAGAUCUAAAGCGCUAGCCAAACUCAAAGAAUUUCUUUUGAGCCAAUGA